UUGUUGGCAACGCCGACGGGCGUCGCGACGGCUUGCAAGCGUCGGCAUCGUUAGUUACCGCCAUGACGGACGAUAGGCCGCAACGCGUUCCGCGUUCGAAAGGACGCUCAGCGUCGAUUUGCGCCACUGGAAGUUCCAGCAUGGAAGCGAUUCCGCCACCGGCCGACGGCACUCCGACUCAGAGGCGGCGCAGGCCGGCUGUGAGGUCGCAGAGUGCCAGAAUGACGAAUCGCAGAAGUGUUAGGAAUAGAGCCACUCCGCCAGUUCACGCUGACAAAGCUCAAUCAAACAGCGAGCCAAAACUGACCGAAGACUCAACCCCAGACAUUUCGCCCAACAUACGAAGAAAAGGAUCUCAAAGAAGAGGCACAUCGGUUUACCAGCGGAAAUCCACAGCUUUCUUGGACGUGCCCGAAUCGAGGAAAGCUGCGGCCAGUCAUAGCAACACUGAAGGAGAGGACGAUGAGGACAGCUACAGGUUGCGGAGCUUCAGUUUUACCUCCAAAGGGAUUUUUGCAAAACACACUGGUAUCGUUAAUAGGGGAGACUCGUUCAGAAGACGACGAUCCAGAAGCAACUCGUUGUGUCCUCCAGCCAUGGGGGGCGGGGCUCAAACGCCCUCACCAGUUCUGGACGAACACGUGCUGGAGGUGUCCAAUUACACGGUGGCCCUUUUGGGCGCUCAAGGUGUUGGCAAAACGGCUCUCAUUAGCCAAUUUAUGACUUCUGAGUGCAUCAACGCCUAUGAGAGGCAAAAAGAUAUGCUCAUCAAGUCCCAAACAGUAUCAAUUAUGCUCAACGGUGAAGAAUCCGAAUUAACUUUCCAAAAUAUUGCCAAUUCCAAGGAAAUAGAUAGAACGAAUCCGCCGGAUGCGUUUGUCGUUCUUUAUUCCGUGGUGGAUAAAGCCAGUUUCCUGAAGGCUGAAGCCGAGUUGAAUAGGCUUCAAGAUCUAGACCUUCUCAGAUGCAGGCCUGCCAUUCUAGUGGGGAACAAAAUUGAUUUGGCCAGAAGCAGGGCAGUCUCAACUCAAG